CCAAUCAUCGCCGUGUAAUCAACCUCACCACCAGUCAGUCUUAAGCGAAGAGCCGACAGGUUUGAAGUGAGCUCCGUCAACCAUUGAACCGCAGACUUUGAACCACGCAACCUCGACGCCUCUCAACUCCAAAGCUCAUCACGAUGUCGUAUGUCUUGCCCGAAACCCCUCUGCAGCACCCGCAAACCAAUUUCUCCAACACCGCUGGCUUCAUCAACGCCCCCAACAAGGUGCCUGAGCACCAGCGCGCCUACCAGGCGGCUUACCGGGCUCACACCCGUAUCUGGAGGAUCAACCCCCGAAGCAACGUCCUGUUGACUCCCUUCCUCGUGGUCAUGUGGGGAACCUUCGGAAGCUGCAUGUACGUCAUGGGCCGCAAGACCCUGGGCUACAACACAUGGUUCGGCAAGGACUAAGGGAAUCUGGAGACAACUGGGAUUUGGGAUUUGAGAAGAGUAGACAAGGAACGCAGGCUGUAUGUUUAUAAGGUGAAGCCAAUAGAUGCGUGAAAGGCUGCUGCUGUUCAACCUUCGCUGUGAACCUGAGAGCUAUCCACCAGCUUUUAUCCCGACUUUGAAACACGGCGCUACGCGAUGCUGAAGGAAAAAAGGGAAUUGAAUUAGUUUUGACGCCUUGGUUACCGCAUGCCAGUUCGUCCGGAGCAACGGUGCAUUUACUAAAGUACAGAGGAUAGUGCAGUUGCCAUUGCCGAUAUGGCAGCACGGGGUAGGGUUGGGUCUUCUCGUUCGGGAUUCGCGGCAUCGCCCCU